GGUACACAGGCUCCCAGGUACACAGGCUCUCAGAAUCCCAGGCUCCCAGGCACACAUGCCCUCAGAAUUCUAGGUUCCCAGGCACACAUGCUCUCAGAAUCCCAGGGUCCCACGUUCCCAGGUUCCCAUGCUCCCACGUUCCCAGGCUCCCAGUUCCCAGGCUCCCAGGUUCCCAGGCUCCCAGGUACACAUGCUCUCAGAAUCCCAGGCUCCCAGGCACACAUUCCUCGCAUUCCU